AUGGCAGGUUUCCUUUCGCUCGUAUUUCUUGGAACUUUCAUGUUUGUUGCAUGUAUGGCAGUUCAAUUGUUUCCUCUCAAAACCCAGUUGUCCCCUAAAAUGUUACAGAAAGCACUGGCUUUGAGUAUAGGCAUGCUAGUUGGUACAGCAAUAGCAGUAGUGGUACCGGAGGGCGUGGAACUUCUCGUUGAGGGUAAGGACCUGCUGCUGUGGCGAGUCCCAGUGCUGUUCGUUAUUGGGUGCUCUAUUCUUAUGGGGUUCAUGGUUAUGUACCUAGUAGACCACCACCAGGUGAUCAAGAAUCGGUUCUUCCCUGAACUGAUGCUGUCGAAAGUAAAUGACACUUCUUUCGGAUCAAUUGUUCAAUGCCCUCUCACAUUGAGUCUCAUCUUGCAUUCUACAACAGACGGAUUCGCCUUGGGAGUGACCAGUGUAGAUGAACUCCUGUCGAUGCACUACAUCUUCUACUCAAUGAUCAUCUUGCACAAAUUACCAACUGCUUUCAGUCUCAGUACAGUCCUCGUGCAGAAGGGUCUUUCCGAGCGCCUCUGUUACGCCCAUUUUCUCGCCUUUGCAGCAGCAACUCCAAUAGCCCUGAUCUUGGCAUACCCACUCGCUAGAAUAUCUCUGACAGAUCACAGCAUGUUGGCGGUUCUUCUUCUCUUUAGCUCUGGAACAUUUUUGUACAGUGUAGUCCACCUAGUGCUGGAUCAGCCUCCUAAAGAUGACCCCGAAUCUAUCUCAGUUAACAUUCCUGAACAAAAUGAUGACUUCCUGAACUUGGUAUUAACCAUGUGUGGUACACUAGUGCCAUUAUUGUUUUCUCUUGCUGGAGUGGACUAG